AUGCGGCCUGCGAUGAUGGCAGCUGCCCUGCUGGGCUGGGCCGUCCUCUCGCUGGUCGCCUCGGCGGCGGCCCAAGGCGCCGAUGGCGUAGCGGCCCGGCCACCUGCGCCGCUGGUUCUCACCCGCGAAGGCCGUGUGCUCGGAGUGCACACCUCCUUCGAAGGUCGACCGCUGCACGCCUUCUACGGAGUGCCGUACGCCCGGCCUCCGCUGGGGCGACUUCGGUUUCUGCCGCCGGUGGCCGCGACGCCGUGGCGCCACGUGUGGAGCGCGCGGCGCUUCCAGGGGCCCUGCAUGCAGCGUCUCGAAGAGGUUCACUACCCCGUGCACCUGAAGAUGCUGCAGAACGCCUCCGAGGACUGCCUCUACCUGAACGUGUGGACGGCCGUGCCUGACCAAGACAAGUUUGACUUCUGCCGUAAGGCCGCUUCCGGAGCUGUCCUCAAGCCCGUGGUGGUGAUCCUGCACGGCGGAGGGUUCAGCAUCGGCAACACCGGCUCCCUCCUCUACGACGGCUCGGCGCUGGCUGCUUUGGGCAACGUGACCGUGGUGUCGAUGAACUUCCGACUCGGGGUGUUCGGCUUCCUGGACGCCAUGAACAGGCAUGCGCCCGGCAACGUGGGUCUUCUGGACCAACGCAUGGCGCUUCUGUGGGUGCGACGUAACAUUCAGGCGUUCGGCGGGGAUCCUGAAAAGGUGACACUCCUGGGCCUGAGUUCGGGCGCCGCGUCGGCGGGUCUCCACAUGGCGGCGCCCCAAAGCCGGAGCCUCUUUUACGCCGCCAUCUUGGAAGGAGGAGGUCCCCUGUGCGACGCGUUUGUCGAGCCGUCUCGUCGAAGCCUGCAGCGUGCCAACCACCUGGCUGGUCUGCUCAGCUGCUCACGAAUGGGAGCGGAGCUCGGCAAUCUGCCCGUAAAGGUCCUGACCUGCCUGCGCAGCCGUCCGGCCGAAGACCUGCUGUGGGCGCAAGAGCGGGUCGCGUCCAGCUCUCUCAGCUCCUUCGUGGCAACGUACGGAAACGCGUUCUUUCCCAAGUCUCCGUGGAAGGCCAAGUACCUGCCGGUGCCUCUGCUCAUCGGCACGUCCAGCAACGAGGGUAGCCCUUUCGUCGGACACCGGUGCUUCGAGCAGCCGCCAAGGGUGAGCAACCGCAGCGAGGCACUGAAGCUGGUGAGCGGACUCCUGGAGACUUACAAUAUCCCGCUGCCCUCCGGCCUGCCUGCCAUGCAACCGUACCUGGAUGAAAAAACCGCCAGUCCCAGAGGCCAGCAGCAGGAGGACAUGAGACGCUUCGUCGCUGACGUGUUCGGUGACGCCGCGCUGCACUGUCCUUGCAGGCUUUUCGCCGAGCGGCACGCCAAGGCCAAGCAUCCGGUGUUCGUGUACAAAUUCUGCUACGCCACGUCGUCCCUGUACGUGCCCGAGUGGAUGGGCGUUCCCCACAGCUCCACGUUCUGGUACAUGAGCGGGGUGCCACUGCGCAUGCCCGAGCGCUUCCACGAGGUGGACAGGGCGCUCAGCCGAGAGAUGGUGCGCGUCGUCGCACACUUUGCCGCGAAAAGAAUUAUCGGGUGGAUGGUGCUAUUAGCGGACGCGACUUCGUCCAGGGUUCCGGGAAACUUCAUGAACAAGCCGUGGGCGCCGCUGUCCCGCGGCUCGUCUCUGGCCAUGCACUUGCACCCGAACCAGGCUGGUGUGCGAAACGACGAACGCUCGGCCUACUGCCACUACUGGAAUGCCCGCGAUGCUUGA